ACAGCCAUCAAUGCCGCGAUAACGUACGACCGACCACCAUUCCCCGCAUCUGCCUACCAAUACCUACCUACCCCCGCUACAGCCGCGCAACCCUUCGCCACCAUGGCCCUGCUAGGCAUUUCCUUGAUUGUCGCCUCUGUCGUCCUCCUCGUCUUGCGCCGACCAGAAUGGCUUCAACAGUUCUGGACGAGUCUCUACCGUCAAGCAUCACAGAACCAGCUUCCCCGUCCACCGCAACGUCCUGUACCACGCAUAGAGGAACCCAAGCCAGAGGAUGUUGACCAAGUUCACGAGAAAGAGAAGGAAAGGAUAGCGGUUCCCAAGGAUGUAGUAUCUCCUCCACUGCCACCACCCGUGGUGAUCCUGGAAAACGGCAUCAACGAUAGUCCUGGUUCUCCUCGAGAGGGGCAGACAACCCCUAAAGCCUCGGCGGCCAUCCCCAGCGAUUCGGUCCCGGCAUUCACCCUCUCUGUUCCCGAACUAGCCCAACAACGACAACCACAGGUGGAGGAGAAGCCUACACCGGCCGUGACAUCAUCAACCUCUAGCACCAGCAUGAUGAUGCCCCCUCCUCCCCUUCCCGCUGCUGCGCGGGGCAGCCUCCCCGCCAACCUUCUCCGCCAACCCGGCACCUCCACCCUCCCCCUCCCUCCAUCAUCCGGUGGCCGACCGGGCGGUGGUCCCCUCCCGAACCGUGGGCCUCCCUCCUCAUCCUCCGGAGGAGGCGGAAGCAGUCUCUUCCCGCCGCCCACCCACAGCACCAAGCCCGCCAAGCCCUCGCGCGCCGUCGUCCUCACCCCCGGCCACUCCCCGCUAGACUGGGCCCGGCUCUCAGGCCACCCGACCGCGGACCUGCGCGGCUUACCCAAGGAUACCCCUUAUCUGCGCGUGACGCCGAGCUUGCUCAAAAAGAUGACGGGCCGCAAGGGCAAGGAUGCGUGGAUGGUGCUUGGGGGAAGGGUGUACAACAUCACGCCUUAUAUCCCUUUUCACCCUGGCGGUGAGCCGGAGCUGCUCAAGGGCGCGGGGAGGGACGGAACCAAGUUGUUUGGGGAGAUCCAUCCGUGGGUGAACUAUGAGGGUAUGCUGGCUGCUUGUUUGGUGGGGAUUUACGUUAGUGAAGAGGAUGGUGAGGCUGCGGCCGCUGCGGCGAAGAAUGGGGGAGUUAAUGGGGCUGGAGGAGGAGGAAGUAUGGAGGAGAUGGAUUAG